AUGUCUGCGCACCUGCAAUGGGUGCUUGUGGGGAACGGCUCCAGCUUUCUGAUCAAGUGGAACGAACAGAUACACAACACUGAGCCCACUAACCUUAAAGCUCACAGCUCCUUCUGCUACAAUGGGCUGAUUCACUGCAAGACUGUGGGUGUGGGGCUGGGGGCAGAGGGCAAAGGUAUAGUGGUGGUCACAAAGCACAGAACCCUCCAGCAAAAGCCUGCCACCUCCAAUGUGCUGACCACCAUUAGCAAGAAUGCCUGGGCCGCCCUCAGCAGCAUCUGGCCCAUGAUCCACAAGAACAGUUAUGGCCCAGAUCUGUGCAUGCCUGCCAUUCACAGAGCCAGUGCCAUCCUGUGCAGCCAGAAGCCUGUGACGGUGAAGAGGAAGGAGGGCCUUCCCACCAAGAGCUCCUGA